GCCCGGGGAUGGUGGCGGCCGGCGCGGGGUUGCGGUUCCCCGAAUCCUGAAAGCGGCUGCGGCCCACGGGCGCCGGGCGGCGGCUGCGGGGACGAGGAGGAACCAUGAGCGUGAGGCCGCCGCAGGCCGCCCCGGACAGGUUGAGCAGCCUGUCUUCCCUGGGUGAUUCGUCUUCAGAGCGGAGAUCUCCAGGACACCGCCGUCAGCCCUCUGAUUCCUCCGAGACCACAGGUUUGGUCCAGCGGUGUGUCAUCAUCCAGAAGGACCAGCAUGGCUUUGGCUUCACCGUCAGCGGGGACCGCAUCGUCCUCGUCCAAUCUGUGCGGCCAGGAGGAGCAGCCAUGAAGGCCGGGGUGCAGGAGGGGGACCGCAUAGUCAAGGUGAACGGCACCAUGGUGACCAACAGCUCCCACCUCGAGGUGGUGAAGUUGAUCAAGUCCGGUGCCUACGUGGCCCUGACACUCCUGGGCUCCCCACCACCGUCAGUGGGGCUCUCCAACUCCCAGCAAGACAUGAGCACCACAGGGACACCUCGCAAUGCCCCUGCCUGCCCCCCACCACCUCCACCCCCACCACUCCCCCCGCCGCAGCGCAUCACUGGCCCCAAGCCCUUACAGGACCCUGAGGUUCAGAAGCAUGCAACACAGAUUCUCCGGAACAUGCUGAGGCAGGAGGAGGCAGAGCUGCAGCGCUUCUACGAGGCGUACAACCGCAACCCCGGCACUGUGGUGGGGGAGCAGAUCGAGGGAGCACGCCGGCGGGUCAGCCAGCUGCAGCUCAAAAUCCGCCAGGAGACCAGUGGCUCCGUGGAUUUGGGAAGAUUGUGUGGUGAUUCCAGCAUGGUGAUGUCCAGGGCAGCAGAAGGCCGCCUCUCGCUGGACUCUCAGGAUGGUGACAGUGGGUUGGAGUCGGGCACAGAGCGGUUUCCCUCUGUCAGUGAGAUCUCCCUGAGCCGCAACUCUGUCCUCUCCGACCACGGCCUGGACAGCCCACGCACCUCCCCAAUCAUCACCGCCCGCCUCUUCCAGCACCAUCGUCGGCAGGGCUCCGACACGGCCUUCACCCCCACCACUGAGCAGGGAUCAGAGCGCAUGGGACGACCUCUCAUCAUUGGGCCAGAGGAGGAUUACGAUCCGGGAUAUUUUAACAACGAGUGCGACUCCCUCUUCCAGGAUCUGGGCAAGCUGAAGUCCCGACCAGCACAUCUGGGAGUCUUCCUGCGCUAUAUAUUCUCCCAGGCAGAUCCCAGCCCCCUGCUCUUCUACUUAUGCGCAGACGUUUGCCAGCAGACAACAGCGAAGGAUUCCCGGGGUUUGGGGAAGGAUAUCUGGAACAUUUUCUUGGAUCGGAACGCGCCUCUCCGAGUGAAGGUGUCGGAGCAGCUUCUGGCUGAGAUCGAGGCUCGCCUGCGGAAUGGGGAUGACGUCCGAGCUGCCCUCUUCGAAGCUCAGGAGAUGGUGAUGCCCGAGAUACAGGAGCAGAUCCAGGACUACAGAACGAAGCGCACCAUGGGCCUGGGGAGCCUAUAUGGGGAAAAUGACCUCCUGGACCUGGAUGGGGACCCGCAGAAGGAGCGGCAAGUGGCCGAGAAGCAGCUGGCACAGCUGGGUGACAUCCUGUCAAAAUAUGAAGAGGACAGGAGCUCCCCCAUGGCCUUUGCCCUCAGCACAUACAUGAACCACACUGGCAUCCGCAGCCGUGAGCCACGCGUGGCCAGCAGCAGUGAGAAGGCACAGGCCCUCCCAGACAAGGACAAGUGGCUGCCCUUCUUCCCCAAAGCCAAGAAGCAGAGCAGCAGCACGAAGAAGGACAAGGAUGCCAUGGAAGACAAGAAGCGUAACCCCAUCCUAAAGUACAUUGCGAAGCCCAAAAUGUCCCAGAGCACAUUUCAUGUCCCUUUGUCCCCUGUUGAAGCAGUCAAACCCGGCAAUGUGAGGAACAUUAUCCAGCACUUUGAGAACAACCAGCAUUAUGAGAGCCAGGAGCCUGGCUCGCAACGUCUCUCCACCGGCAGCUUCCCGGAGGACCUGCUGGAGGGUGACGGAUCUCGUGCUGAGGUCAAGCUGGGCCGCUCAGAGAGCUUGAAAGGCCGUGAAGAGAUGAAGAAAUCAAGGAAAGCUGAAAACGUGCCCCGCUCCCGUAGCGAUGUGGACAUGGAUGCUGCAGCCGAGGCCACCAGGCUUCACCAGUCAGCAUCGUCCUCUGCCUCCAGUCUGUCCACCAGGUCGCUGGAGAAUCCCACCCCCCCCUACACACCGAAGAUGGGACGCAGGAGCAUUGAGUCGCCCAGCCUGGGCUUUGGCGCCGACCCCUUCAUGCCUCACCUGCUGGAGGAUGAGCAGGGCCAACUCUCGGACCUGGAGCCAGAGCUGGAUUCACAGAACUGGCAGCACACGGUGGGCCGGGAGCUGCUGGCCAGCCUGCCUCAGAAGGAGAUUGACCGGCAGGAAGUGAUCAAUGAGCUCUUUGCCACGGAGGGGUCUCACCUACGCAUCCUCCGAGUCCUUGACCUCCUCUUCUACCAGCGGAUGAGGAAGGAGAGCUUGCUGUCCCGGGAGGAGCUGGCACUGCUCUUUCCCAACCUCCCAGAUGUGAUUGAAAUCCACAAUUCCCUCUCCGAAUCUAUGAAGAAGCUCCGGGAAGAAGGACCAAUCAUUAAGGAAAUCGGGGAUCUCAUGCUGUCUCGGUUUGACGGCCUGGCCAAGGAGGAGAUCCAGCAGGUCACUGCUGACUUCUGCUCCUAUCAGUCCAUCGCGCUGGAGCUUAUCAAGACCAAGCAGCGCAAGGAGACCCGUUUCCAGAUCUUCAUGCAGGAAGCAGAAAGCAACCCUCAGUGCCGGCGCCUGCAGCUCAAGGACUUGAUCAUCUCAGAAAUGCAACGCCUGACCAAGUACCCAUUGCUGCUGGAGAACAUCAUCAAGCACACUGAGGCGGGCACCUCGGAGCACGACAAGCUGUGCCGGGCCCGAGACCAGUGCCGGGACAUCCUCAAGUAUGUGAAUGAAGCGGUGAAGCAGGCAGAAAACCGACAUCGGCUGGAGGGCUACCAGAAACGCCUGGAUGCCACCUCACUGGAGAGGACCAGCAACCCGCUGGCAGCUGAAUUCAAGAGCCUGGACCUCACCUCUCGGCGCAUGAUCCACGAAGGGCCGCUCACCUGGCGUAUCAGCAAGGACAAGACCGUGGAUCUGCACGUGCUGCUCCUCGAGGACCUCCUGGUGCUGCUACAGAAACAAGAUGAGAAGCUGGUGCUCAAGUGCCACGGCAAGACAGCUCUGGGCUCCUUGGACAACAAGCAGACCUUCAGCCCCGUCCUCAAGCUCAACUCAGUGCUCAUCCGCUCUGUGGCCACAGAUAAACGAGCCUUCUUCAUCAUCUGCACGUCAGAGCUGGGACCCCAGAUCUAUGAGCUGGUGGCACUGACAUCCUCCGAGAAGAACACGUGGAUGGAGGUGCUAGAGGAGGCGGUGCAGAGUGCCAUGAGGAAUGCCACCUUCCCCCCAAAGCGCCAGGUGCCAGAGCCCACCCGCAUGGCACCUUCAAGCGUGGUGUUGCAGGACCCUGAUGUCUCCCCCAUCCCUUCCCAAGUCAGCAGCUCUGCAGCAGAAGUGGAGGAGAGCUCCUCAGCAGAUGACAAUCCCACGGAGCUGCUGGGCAGGGAGCAGCCUUCGGUGCUGCUGGAGGAGCCAGAAAGCAGCGAGGUGGAGGAGGAAGAGCUGCCUGCUGGAUCCCUGCAUACAGAGGUGUCUGAUGCUCUCCCAGAGCCCUCCAUGCGCCUGGCACUGCCAGUUCCCAACCCGGCCGAGGGGUUGGCCGAGGCAGCCCUGGAGGAUGUGGAGAACCUGCGGCUGCUGAUCCUGCGGCGGCUCCUGCCCAGUCGUGACACAGAGCCUGAGGAUGACCUGACACCCACGCCGUCGGUCAUCGGGGGUACCCACACCUGGGACUCAGUGCUCUCCAGUCAGGAUUCAGCCUCCCAGGAGGUGCUGGCUGAGCCCCCCAGUGCUGCCGAGGAGCCAAAGCCCCGAUUGGGGUGGGAGGAGCAGAGUGAAACGGGUCCAACAGUGUCUGCUGAGGAGCAGAGCAGCUACAAGGUGGUCCGGAAAGCCCCAGCGGAGGGUGCUCAGGAGGCCACGCCCUCGCCAGGCAGCAGCCAAUCAGAAACUGAGCUGCAGGAAGGAGGCGGAGCUAAUGUAGAUGGUAAUUACUUCUACGUUAGCAUGCCCGCCGGGCCCCCUGAGCCUGCACCACCUCCAGGACCCCCCCAGGCCAUCCAAGCUGAGGAACCUCCCCGGCCCAGCACUGCUGAGUGUCCCCCAGACCCACCUGGCCCCCUCCACGAUGUCGACCUCAUCUUCCGCACCAUCGAGCAGCUGACGCUGAAACUCAACAGGCUCAAGGCUGUGGAAGCUGCCCACCGGGAGCUGCUGCUGUCCCUGGGACACAGCUCAUCUGCAGACACCACCCCUGUGGGGCUCCCGGCCCCUGGGAUGGAGGGAUGGACCCAGCGGCCCCACAGCCCCGAGGCUGACAGCCCCCUGACCCGCUCCCUGCGGAGCCUGCAGGGCCACAGCACCAACAUCCCAGGCUGCAGAGCCCCUUUGGCCGAAGACCCCGCGCACACAGCCGACCUUUAGCCACGGAGCGGGGUGGGGGGUCUCCCCCCCACAAUCACUCAAAGCUGGGGAGCUGCCCACCAACCCCCCCAACCUCCUGUGGGCUGGGAGCAGUGCCAGCCUCACCCCGGGGGGCAGGGGGGGGCUCCUCUUGGAAGGAGGGAGCGUGGGACCCCUGGGCCCCCCCCCUUCUCCCCCACCCUGCAUGGCAGCCCCAGCCUGGCUCCCUGCACCCCUGGCCGCGAGCGCUGGAUCUAGUCUGUAUAAAUGCACUUUGUUUCGUUCCUCUCCGUGCUGCGGCCCCCCGCUCCCCGCUGACUAUAAAUAUGUACGUAUGUGCACCCAUCGUGUAAAUAACCCCCCCUGUCCUCCCCCCCCCGUGUCACCCCCAUUGGGGACAGCGUUGUCCCCAUGGCUGGGGCGAAGGGCAGCAUCCGCCCAUCCCACGCGUAGAGGCGAGGCCGGCGCUGGGGUGUCUGAUAUAUAUAAUAUAUAUAAUAGAGCCAA